AUGAAUUUUCUGUCUUACGUUGCCACCCUUAGGCGAGGACCCGACGGAUCAUAGCAACGAAGUUACUAGAAGAUACAGUGACUAAGGCAAAUCAUCAUGGUCGUAGCAUUUUUGAAGUAUGAAUAUAGCUGUAGUGCGUAGUUUUUGCACCUCCCGCCUCAACAAUUUCUAGUCUACGGUCGUCAUUAUUUUGGGGUUCUAAGUCUAACCUCUAAGACAAGAUAAUCAAAGACGUUGUUGCGGGGUUCUCUCGAGAGAUGGCUUUCAUUCGUGCUGAGGGGGGCAAAAGGAGUAAUGUGAGCAUUCACCUCGUCGACAUCGCAAAGUCCUUGUUUGAGGAGGCUGACUCAUUACAAUUAAGGCGUCUCGUCCUAAUUUAUGUCCAGAAUGCACAUCUUGGAGAAACUGCCCCAUAGAUGAUAAGGGGAGAAAGGACUUACUAGAAGUACAUGUGCCAUGAUAAGGAACUGUGACAUAAGGCGAAAACAGAUCCGAGAUCAUGAGUCCCAAGAUGGAUGAGGGUGAGCUCUUCUAAAAAUGCAAGGAAUGAUUAGCGGACAAGAACAACAACUUCGCAAGAGGACGCUUAGUAGGAAUCGCCACCAAUUUGACCCUACACGAGGGUCCGGGCUUCUCGCUCUCGACAUGAGCGUCGGCAUGCUACUGCCUGCAGCAAUUGAAAAGGUAGCAUCAAUACUCUCCUCCCUCUGCAGUGGGCCAAUUGUGAGAGCUUUGACUUGCUACUCACAGUACUUCUACUUGCUGGUGGACCCAGCGAGGCGUUGGCUGCUCCAGAGAAAUCAGCGUCUUCAGGGCAAGACGAAGAUUACAGCAGGGUGCACCUCAUUAUUGGAUCGAUUCCAAAUGAGUGUGCCAUUGCACUUGUUAAGGCUCUUCAUUUUCUGUAAUCUAGUGUCCGUUUACUAUUUAAAAAUAAAGGAGAACAAUCUUGAUGAUCUUGCUAGCUUUCUUAACUAAAGGUACUACGUCACAACACUCCAAUCAGUACCAGCAAGUCGAUGUUUCCUGUAAGAUCUUCGAUGACCUUCUUCUUCUUUAGCAUCUUCUCUUCUGUAGCAUCAAUCUUGCUUUAAUCUCGAGACCGCAACGCAGAAGCUUGAACGACUUUCAUACCCUGUGCAGUCGUCUCGUCUGCUCUUGCACCUUACUGUCGGAUCGGGUCCAUCUCAAUGCCCGUGGAGCCCAAGUCGUCACCUCCGAUAUCCUGCUGGCGAUGGCAGCAACUACUAAGGAUAUCGUGCAGUGCCAGUAGUCGAAUUGGAUGAGAUACACCAACUUUGUACCAGUAGUCGGACGAGAGGAUGGGAUAGACCAUGAUGAGGCAGACCACGUUCUUCAGGAGAGAUGGGUGGAUGAAGCAGAUGGGAAUGAGAGGAUAAUAU